ACUUCAACUUAGUUCUCAGGUUUUUUACGUUGUCGACGCACCAAUCAUCAAUACUGUUGUAUACUGGGCACGAACGAUAUUCCCAGUAUACUUGUAAUUUAUGAAAACUCACAAAAACAAUACGUAGGUUGCAGAAACACCCGGGACUUAUUUCACUGCAGAGGCAUUGGAAUAUAUGAGCUUCAGUUGAGUGAAGUUUUAAAGACAAUUAUCUGCAGCACUUUCUGGUAGAGACUUUGAUAAAAGCAAGCAAUGGCCUUGAGACGUUUAUGUGGAUUUUCUGAUGGUGAACUAAUGAGAUCAGAUUGCAAACCUUGCACAAGAUUGAUGAGGCAAACUGCUGGGAUUUUCACUGUUGGAGGAGGGUUAGGGUUUUGGGUUCUCUGCCGCUUGCACUAUGGUCCUAGAAUCACGGUUCCUCGGAGUCUCAGGUGGGCUGCUUGUGGCGCUGUCUCUGCAAGCUCAAGCACCGCUUUGCUGGUUCGCCUUUUUAGUCCAGAAUGUGAACCCCAAAAUAUAGCUGCCUAUGACACAAAGAAAUAAUGGCCAAGAAUUUUACAUAUUUGUUUGUUGUUUGAAAGCAAAACAUAUUUUGCUACUGCCUCCUUGGUUGUAUUCUCUCGUUGAGGAAUUCCUGGUUAUUAUGUAUGACAAGCUAAGAUGUACUUAUUUAAUUUAGAAGACUGAUUACAGAUUUACUUUAA